AUGAUGGAAGCUGACAGGGUGAGGGAGCUCGAGGCCGUGAGUGCUAAGUUGCUCCAGGCCUGCUCGAGGUGGGGAUCUGGUUCGUUUCCACAAAGCACGCUUCUGCCUGCGCCCUUCUGCAUCCGGGAGGACAUGCCGCCCAGCGUGCCCUACAAGGAUGACGGCUCGGGGUGGGACGAUGACUUCGCCACGAGCUCCUGA